GAAGUGUUUUGGGUGCUUCUCUUUCUCUCCUCCUUUUAUCUUGUUUGCAGUACCAAAAACAACCUUUCAUUCAGUUCUUGACACUGCACCCCACCUCCACGCACACGCACACCUGUAACCAUUGGCUCAUUCCGCUUUGUUCAUUCCGAAUUCACCAUGACACAGUCUUCGAGGGUCACCUCCCCAUCCCAAGAACACGCCUCGCACUCUCCUCAGUCCCUUCACCAUGUCGAAGCCCGGUCGGUUCCGCAGGGAAUCCAUCAUUAUGAACAUAUUGCCGCCCCAUACCCCGGUGUCAUUGUGGUUGAUCCUAGCAUGAUGCCGCCUGGGUAUGUGAUCGGACAGGUAGCGACUCCCCGGAUCGAGGAGCCAGAGGAACCCCUCUAUGUCAAUGCCAAACAGUACCAUCGAAUCCUCAAGCGGAGAGCUGCCCGAGCAAACCUCGACGCACAGAACAAGUUGAUGCAGCGCGGGCGGAAGUUCAUGCAUGAGUCGCGCCACUUGCACGCAAUGAGACGCCCACGUGGACCAGGGGGACGAUUUCUGACGGCCGCCGAGAUAGCUGCUCUGGAUGAGCCGGGCAACAAGGCCUCCUCUGACGGGGAAGGAGGAGCAAACGAUUUCAACAGCAGCAGCAGCAGCAGCAACAGUGGACAUAAUGAUGGGAAUAACAAUAGCCACAACAUCAACUACAUCAACAGCAACCACCACAGCGCCAGCAAUAGCGCCCACCAUCACGUUAACGGCCAAUAUCAGACCUCAACAACGCGGCCAGGAAUACCAUUAGAAGCAGAACAAGGACACACCUCAAUGUCAAGAACAGAGGGGAUGCGUAUGGCGAAUCCCUAUCAGUCUUGAGUAGACCUAUAUACAAUGGCAGGAAAGAGCAAGCGUAUCCCAGCAAUAACCGUUCAGCAAUGCAAUGAUACAGCGAUGCGACCAUACAACCAUGCAACCAUACAUCGAUACAAUAGUAAUAUAUACACGGGCAUCUCUUUACGGCAUUCCAAUAAAACACACACACACCAACUUUGAUGCUGCACCACACACUCCACGUAG